GACAACAUCUUCAUUUUGUAUAUAACACCCGAAUGGGUCCAAAAAAUAUAAAAAAAAAUUAAAUUAAAUAUAACAUAAAUAAUGGAAGACUUUUUCAAAAAUCUUAAGGAGAGAUUUUCCAUCGAUAACGUUGUUACUUUUAUGAAAGAAGCAAAACUUGUUGACGAAGAUAAAAUAGAAGAAGUAUCUGAACCAUUAGUUGAGAAUGCAGUAGCAGAAAAUGUCACAAUCGUCGAAGAAGCACAAAAAAAUAUUAACGAUGAACCUAAUUUAAAAACGGUUAUCGAUGGUGACAUGCCCAUAAUCCUAAACGAAGUAUUAUCAAAAUCUAAACAUAAUAUUAGUGAUAUUCCGGAUCAGUCGAUGGUUAAUAUAUUACAAAAACCUAGUUCGAGUGAAGAGAAACCUGUUCCAGAGCUCGAAACUCCAAAUACAAAUAAUCAACAAGGACGGAUGACAAAAACAACCGAAAUCUCAUUAUUUUUUUAAUUCUCCAACGAAAAUUCUAGUACUGAAAAGAGCAUAUCCAUCCCGAGUGAACUUUUAUUCACAAAUUAGAAACGAACUUACGUUUGUAUUGAAGUUGCCACUUAGACGAUAUUGGAUUGGAGCUUUAAACAUGCAAGUGUACUUACAGUGCCAUGUUGUCCCUCGCCUAGGAAAGUAACCGGUCGCAUGCGCCCCCGCGGGAAAUCCAGCAGGGGCGCCACUCCGUUUGGGGGCUCGGCUUCAGGUAGUUUAAUGGACGUGAAGAGUCCUGGGGCAGGACGUUCGCGUCUUAGAGUUCGCUCGUCGGGAUAAGUCUGUGGUACAAAGGUUUAAUUAGCGUACUUGUCAGUUAAUUUUAGAAAGUUAUUCUCAUCUUUUUAUGGAUAUAACUCUGUUAAUUUUGUAUUAUAAUCAUUUUGCAAUACAUGUAUAAAAGAAAUAAACGUUUUUCUUU